GCCUGUGAGCGCCGCCCGAGCCAGGCGCCUGUGAGCGCCGCCCGAGCCGGGCGCCAUGUCCGGCAGCGCCAGCAUGCGCACCCCGCUACAGACGGUGCCCGAGUCGCUGCCCACCGACCAUGUGUCGACCGUCAAGGCCAACAAGGAGUCGUCUCGAAGUCGGCCCGACGCCGAGCCGCACAUUGGCAAGUACCAGCUGCUCAAGACCAUCGGCAAGGGCAACUUCGCCAAGGUCAAGCUGGCUAAGCACCUGCCCACCGGCGAGGAGGUUGCAAUCAAAAUAAUCGACAAAACGCAGUUGAACCCCGGCAGUCUUCAAAAGCUGUUCCGGGAAGUGCGGAUAAUGAAGAUGCUUGAUCACCCUAGUAUAGUGAAGCUGUACCAGGUGAUCGAGACGAAGAAGACACUGUACCUGGUGAUGGAGUACGCCUCGGGCGGCGAGGUGUUCGACUACCUCGUCUUCCACGGCCGCAUGAAGGAGAAGGAGGCGCGCCUCAAGUUCCGCCAGAUUGUGUCCGCGGUGCAGUACUGUCAUCAGAAGAAGAUCAUCCACCGCGACCUCAAGGCGGAGAACCUGCUCCUCGACAGCCAGAUGAACAUCAAGAUCGCUGACUUCGGCUUCAGCAACGAGUUCACCGUGGGCAGCAAGCUGGACACGUUCUGCGGCAGCCCGCCGUACGCCGCGCCCGAGCUCUUCCAAGGUAAAAAGUACGACGGACCGGAGGUGGACGUGUGGUCCCUGGGCGUCAUCCUCUACACGCUGGUGAGCGGCUCACUACCGUUCGACGGCUCCAACCUCAAGGACCUGCGGGAGCGCGUGCUGCGCGGCAAGUACCGCAUCCCCUUCUACAUGUCCACCGACUGCGAGAAUCUGCUGCGAAAGUUCCUCGUGCUCAACCCGACCAAGCGCGCCAACCUCUCUGCUAUCAUGCGCGACAAGUGGAUGAAUUCGGGCUGCAACGAGGACGAGCUGAAGCCGUACGUGGAGCCGGACCCGUGCAUGGACGACCCGCGUCGGAUAGAGCAGCUGGUGGCGCUGGGCCACGCGCGCGCCGACAUCGAGGAGAGCCUGCGGCUCUGCAAGUUCGACGACAUCUACGCCACCUACCUGCUGAUGGGCCGUCGGGCUUCGGAUCUGGAGAGCGACGGCUCGCAGUCGGGCUCGUCGCUGUCGCUGCGCCACAUGGGGCCGCCGGCUGGACCGCCGCCGGCCGCGCGACAGUCGCCGCCGCACCACAAGGUGCACCGCUCCAUCUCUGCCACGGCCAACAGCAAGCCGAGUCGGCGCGCCUCCUCCGGCGGCGAGACGGUGCCCGGUGCGCCGCCCGGCGUGGGCCCGGCGGCUGCGGCGGCGGCCGCGGCGGCGGCCGCGGCACCCGCCAAACGGGUCAGCACCUCUGCCGCCGGCCACGCGGCGCCCGCCAACCACACUCACUUCAAGCGCACGAACACGGUCGACUCGGCCACCAUCAAGGAGAACACGGCUCGGCUGAGCGCGGCGGCCGCCAGCCGCGCCGCCGGCGACGGCGAGCCGUCGGGCGGCGGCGGCGGCGGCGGCAGCGGCCUGCCCAGCCCGGCCAAGCCGCGAGCGCUGCCCAAGACGGGCGCGCCGGCGGCCAGCCGCACCAUCGGCCCGUCCGGCGGCCGCCGCUCGGCGCACGCCUACGAUGGCCGGCCGGCCAGCGCCAGCGCCGAGACGCGCACGCCUAGCCAGGUGGCCGGCGACCUCAGGUCAGUGGGGCUAGAACGUGGGUCAGGGGCGCAGGCCGGCCGGACAGCGCCGCCGCUCUCGCCGGGUGCCGCACCGCGCGCCGCCCCCUUCAGCCGCAACAUCCCCAGCCGGUCGACCUUCCACUCGGGCCAGACGCGCACGGCCGGCUACCGGCCGGCCGGCUACAGCCCGCACCAUCACGACAGCGGCGGCCUUACGCCAGGCAGCCGCUUCCCGUUCUUCUCCAAGCUCUCGUCAAAGUUCGCCAAGCGGCCUGGAGAUGUGGGAGGUCCCGGCUUGACGCCGACCCUCGCCCGGCCGGCCACAGCAGACAGGCCGGCCGCGCUGGCGUCGCCGGCGCCGCUGGCGGCCGCCCCCAACGGCUCGGGCGAGCCGGAGCCGGUGAAACCGCGCAGUCUGCGCUUCACCUGGAGCAUGAAGACCACCUCGUCGCGCGACCCACAGGAGAUCAUGAACGAGAUCAGGAAGGUGCUGGACGCCAACAGCUGCGACUACGACCAGCGCGAGAAGUUCCUGCUGCUGUGCGUGCACGGCGAUCCGCGCACCGACUCGCUCGUCCAGUGGGAGAUCGAGGUGUGCAAGCUGCCGCGCCUCUCGCUCAAUGGCGUGCGCUUCAAGCGCAUCUCGGGCACCUCCAUCGGCUUCAAGAACAUCGCCAGCAAGGUGGCCAACGAGCUGAAGCUCUGACCCGUGCAGGAGCCGAUAGAGGAGGAGGAGGCGUGCGCGUGCGGCGCCGGCGCGCCGCCCGAGCCGCCGCCGCCGCGCCGCCGGCACGCUCGCUGAGCGGCGACUCCUCCUUGUCGGCGCACGGGUAGACUGUGACGGCCGGGCGCGGCCGCCGCUUCCGGGUCCGCCCGGCCACCCACACCGCUUGGCCGGCCGCGCCGCGCCGCCGGCCCUAGCUCCCGUCUCGAUGAUUUUUACACUAGUAGAUUAUUUAUCAGAACCACGUGCAACCACGGCAGCCCGCGCCAGGCCGCGACGCUUCGCGGCUCUGAUCGGUUCUCGGUGCCGGCGGCCGGGCGACGCGCGUCCGCCCCCUCCACCGCGGGCGGGCGGCCCGCAGAUUUUAUUGUCCGACCGUGCUUGGUCUCGUCUGCACAAUGCGCUGUCGAUAGAGAGUGCUACCGAGACGGAGAGUGCGAGAUAUGCGAGAGUGCACGCGGACCGAGCGUGUCCUAGAGAGGAAGAGUGUCUUGGCGACGCGUCCGCGUGUAGCCGUGUGAUACGUUAUUGCUGCGUGCCCGGCGGGCAAAGCUCCAAUUGUGACCGGGCCCCGCCGGAUAUCAUUGAAGUAUGACGAUUCUACUGUGUUGGGUUUCUGUUAUUCCUGUGUACAGAACGCUAAUAGCCCUAAAAUACAUGUGCUAAAGUGAGGA